AGGAGGAGGGGGCUGGGGAGGCGGGGUCCCGGCGCUGCGCUCGCGCCCCCAGCGCGCCAGUCCCGGGGCUGCAGGGAGCGCAGCGCGCGCGGCCCGGGCCCCGGCCACCGGACGCCCUACCGGACACGACCCUCCCUGGAGCUUGGACAACUGCCCACCUCGGACACUGCACCGGACGCUGCCCCCCACAGGGCUGGACACUACAACGGACACUACUUCCCAGCUCCGGACAUUGCUCUCUCCUCCCCCCGCCCCAGGCUCUGGGUGCCUUUCCCCCCUCCCCCUACGGGGGCCCAGACAUUGAGCCCCCCGCAGGCUCUAGGUAGCGUCCCCUUCCACCCCAGCGACGGACACUGCCUCCUCACCGCCCGCCCCCCCCUCCCGCCUCGUCUCCCCGCUCAGGUCGGAGCCCCGCCAGUUUCUCCGACCCCCUGCUGUUCGGCCGCAGCGGUCCGCGCCCCCAUCCCCCGGCUGCCCGCCCGGAUGCCUCUCCCCGGGGGGUUGUGGUGGCUCCUCUGCUGCCGUCGGGGCUUUACUCUUCUGCACCGGGACUACGGAGACGGCGAGCUUAGCGGGGACGGGGAGGAGGACGAGGACGAAGAGACCUUUGAGCUACGGACCCCGAGUCCAGCGGGCGGCGGGAGGGGUUCCCUGGACGUGACGCUGACUCAGCCAGCCAGGAGCGGGCAGGUCUCCGACAGGCUGCAGAGCUGGGAGGAGACGUGGAGCCUCAUCCCGGAGAAGGGGCUGCCGGAAGACGACCCCGAUGUCGUUGUGAAAGGCUGGCUGUACCGCGAGCCCCGCGGGGGAGGAGCGCGGCCAUGGCUGCCCCCGCGCCGGGCUUGGUUCGUGCUCACGCGGGACUCUCUGGACCAGUUCAGCAGCAGCGGGAAGGGGGCGCGGCGCCUCGGGAGCCUGGUGCUUACCAGUCUGUGCUCAGUGACCGGCCCAGAGCGCAGGCCCAAGGAAACUGGUCUGUGGUCAGUGACUGUGUCUGGUCGGAAGCACAGCGUCCGCCUCUGUUCCCCGCGCCAAGCCGAGGCCGAGCGCUGGGGGGCGGCAUUGCGGGAAGUGAUCGCUUCCAAGGCCCCGCUGGAGACCCCCACGCAGCUACUGCUCAGGGACAUACAGGAGAGCUGUGGAGACCCGGAGGCAGUGGCCCUCAUUUACCACCGGAACCCCAUCCUGAGGCACACAAGCGGGGCCCUGUAUGCCCCACUGCUGCCCCUGCCCUACGGAGGCAGCGCCCCAGGUCCUGGCUACGCACCCUUGCGCGAGGAGGCAGUCCGGCUGUUCCUGGCACUGCAGGCACUGGAAGGGGCGCGGCGCCCCGGGCCCCUGAUGCAGGGUGUGCUCCAGACCUGCCGGGACCUGCCUGCACUCCGCGACGAACUCUUCCUACAGCUGGCUAAGCAGACCUCAGGCCCCACGGGGCCCCCGGGACUGCCAGCCACCCAAGACCCUGCAGCCCUGCGGUACUGGCAGCUCCUCACCUGCAUGAGCUGCACCUUCCGGCCUGGGGGAGCUGUACGGGGGCACCUCCUGGGACAUCUGGAGAGGACGGAGCAGGCGCUCCCGGACUCGGAACUGGCGGAGUACGCGCGCUUCAUCCGGAAAGCCUUGAGUCGGACUCGCGGCCGAGAGCUGGUGCCGUCACUGGCGGAGAUCUCGGCGCUGAGUCGUCGGCAGGAGCUGCUGUGCACCGUGCAUUGCCCGGGGGCUGGUGCCUGCCCGGUGGCCAUCGACUCGCACACCACAGCGGGCGAGGUGGCUCGGGAGCUGGUGGGGCGACUGGGCUUGGCCCGGAGCCGCAACGCAUUUGCACUGUACGAGCAGCGAGGUGCCCAGGAGCGAGCCCUGGCUGGAGGGACCCUCGUGGCCGACGUGCUCACCAGGUUUGAGAAUUUGGCGGCGGAAGACGCCGGACUGGAAGACGCGCCGGACUCUGGGUGUAGACUGUGUCUGCGUCUUCAUGGCCCGCUGCACCCCGAGGGGCUGUCCCCGGACGGCCACGAACUGCCUUUCCUCUUUGAGCAGGCUCACGCUCUGCUGCUGCGAGGCCGGCCACCCCCGCCCGACGACACCCUGCGCGCCCUGGCGGCGCUGCGCCUGCAGAGCCUGCACCGGGACUUCUCCCCGCGGGCGCCCCUGCCACGCCUGGACCGCCUGCUGCCGCCCCCCACCGCGCCGCCCCGCGCAGACCCACCCCGCCCGCUCCCCAGGCCGCCGCCCUCUGCCGCCCUGCUGGCCGGGGCACUGUGGAGCCCGAGCCUGGCCAAGAGGCGAGCGGAGCGGGCCCGGCGCGGCGGGGCGGGCCGUCCGGCGAGAAGCUUGACCCGCGAGGGAGGAGGCGGCGCCGGCACGGCGGCGGCCGUGCUGGGCGGCUGGAAGCGGCUACGGGGCAUGGGCCGAGCUGAGGCCAUGGCUACCUACCUGGCUCUGGCGGCGCAGUGUCCGGGGUUCGGCGCUGCUCGGUAUGACGUUCUGGAGCUGAGCACGGAGCCUGGUGGGGGUGCUCCACAGAAGCUAUGCCUGGGCCUGGGAGCCAAGGCCAUGUCCCUCUCCCGGCCAGGUGAGACAGAACCCAUCCACAGUGUCAGCUAUGGCCACGUGGCCGCCUGCCAGCUAAUGGGCCCCCACACUCUGGCCAUGAGGGUGGGAGAGAGCCAGCUCCUCCUUCAGAGUCCCCAGGUGGAAGAGAUCAUGCAGCUGGUGAAUGCCUACUUGGCCAGUCCCUCCCCCGAGAGGCCCUGCAGCCCUUCUCCUCCAUGCCAAGAUCUGCCAGACACCGCCCCUCCCAGCCAGCACUCGGGCCUGGAUGAGCCCCAGGGACAGGACUGAGCCUGCCAAGAGGUCACAGCUUCCCUCCUGCCUCCAGCCUGGGCCAGGACUGCUCUGAGAUGGGAGCGAACCAUGGACCCUUUUGGCCCUGCAGGGACAGGGCACAUCUCACACCCAUAGGCUGCAAUGGGUGUGGACAGUUUUCUAGUUUGUUUCUUAAUUUAUUUGUAGAAGACAAGCAAAAAAAAAAAUUCUUAUUUACACAAACCCUUCCUGUGGGAGUGUUGUCGGUGGGACAAGUUGGAGCCCCUGGGCUCAGAGCUCCGCCCCAGGGGACGCCCACACUCUGGGCUUUUACCAGGCACUGAGAAGUCUGGACACCACGCGGCCACACCCUCCUCGACCUUCUGGAAUGAACCUGCUCCUGGCCAGUAUGUUGCCAUAGCAUGGUGGGUGGGGCAGCAAGAGGGCAGUAUUGGAAGCUGGCAAUUACUCACCCUCCCUCAGCCAUUGAGUGGCGGAGGGGCGGCCUCCCAGCAUCUCUGAGGCUGGAGGGCAGUGAGUCAUCAGGACUGGCACUGCCCAGUUCCUACCCUGAUUUCCUGGGCCCUGCUUGGGUCCAUCUUUGGUGUGCCCACUGGUUUGGCCCUGAAUGGAGAGGAGCUUGGGGCAGGGUAAAGAGCUAAGAACUUCCCUGGCUUGGAACAGUAACUCAGGGUGGGCUGAUCCCUGCUCGAGUUCUGCUCCUGCUUCCCAGCACUCUGAAGGCCCUGGGCGCUGGAAACCCCGAGUCCUGGCUUUCCUGACCUGCUCAGAAUGCAGCGGGCCCUGCUUCAGUAGACCCCAUGUCCUCCGUCCCGAAUGGAGGAGGGUGGGGCAAUGCUGGUCCCCUAGGGCAACAGCGUGGGCACGGGGGAGAGAGAAGACCCCAGAAAUCCUCUGUAAUUUUGAGAGAAGGGCUGACUCCAGUAAGACAGCUAGACUCAAGGUAAAGGACACCAGUGGAGGCCGGUGCCACGGCUCACUAGGCUAAUCCUCCGCCUUGCGGCGCCGGCACACCGGGUUCUAGUCCCGGUCGGGGUGCCGGAUUCUGUCCCGGUUGCCCCUCUUCCAGGACAGCUCUCUGCUGUGGCCAGGGAAGGCAGUGGAGGAUGGCCCAAGUGCUUGGGCCCUGCACCCCAUGGGAGACCAGGAGAAGCACCUGGCUCCUGGCUUCGGAUCAGCGCGGUGCGCCGGCCACAGCGCACCAGCCGCGGGGGCCAUUGGAGGGUGAACCAACAGCAAAGGAAGACCUUUCUCUCUGUCUCUCUCUCUCACUGUCCACUCUGCCUGUCAAAAAAUAAAAAUAAAUAAAAAAAAGGACACC